AGAUCGCAUCACCCCCCCCCCCCCUAUUGCUGUUGUAAGCAUGACAGACACCCCCCCCGCUCAGAGCUCCGUGGCGGCCACCAGCUCGGCCCGCAUCUACUUCAUGCCGGACGGGUCCUUCUCGCCGCAGGCCUUCUUCGACUCGGUCAUCUCCUUCGAGGACUCCUCGCAGCUGACCCCGGAGAUUGCCUUCCGCGUGGUUGAGAAUGCCGCUCGCAAUGCCGGCCUCACCAAGGAGCAGAUCGACGCCGCAGCCACCUUUGCUCACCACAACUCCGCCCGCAUGCGCUGCAACGUCUCGCGCGUCAAGCGCCCGCACAUCGUCUGCCCCAAGGAUGACGGCUCCGGUGAGGCCCGCCCCAAGCGCAAGCUCAUCGAUGACUACAAGCCCCAGGACCUGCGCAAGUACGGUAACCUCGACAAGAUCCCCGUCAACCUCCAGGAAGUUGGAACUGGCUAUCGCAGCUGGUUCGGUGUCAUCAACUGGCUCUCUCUCGGCAUCUUCUUCGCCGCUAUCGCCUUCAUCUACGCCAAGUCCUCCAUGAUGCUCAUCUCGGCCAAUGAGCUGGCCAGCAACCUCAGCCAGCGCUAUGAGCAACUCUAUGCCGUCCUGCACGGCCUGGAGACCGACCUGUGGAUCGUGAUCAUCGCCAUGUCCGUCUUCCUUGCCUGGGGCGCGCGCCGCUUCCUCAAGCAGACCUCGGUCUAUCUGCUGGACUUCGUUGUUCUCGACCCGGACCUGGAGUACAUGAUCGAUCGUGACUUCUUCAUGCAGCGCUCUCGCGACUCCGGCUUCUUCACCGACCAGGCCCUGGACUUCCAGGAGAAGAUCCUCCGCCGGUCCGGCCUCGGCGACCACACUUACUUCCCCCCUGGUAUUGUCAUCUCGCCGAUGGACCUGUCCAUGCAGUCGGCUCGCGAUGAGUUCCUCUAUGUGGCUGGCAAGUGCUGCGAUGAGCUCUUCCAGAAGACCGGUGUCGAUCCGUCCAAGAUCGACCUGAUUGUGGUCAACUGCUCGCUCUUCAACCCGACCCCCUCCCUGUCGGCCAUGAUCAUCAACCGCUACAAGAUGCGUGACAACAUCCGCAACUACAACCUCUCGGGCAUGGGCUGCUCGGCCGGUGUCAUUUCCCUGGAUCUCGCCAAGGACCUGCUCCAGGUGCAUGGCGCUUCCAACUGCCUGGUCAUCUCCACCGAGAACAUCACCCAGAACUGGUACCACGGUAACCAGCGCAACCUCCUGCUGUCGAACUGCCUCUUCCGCAUGGGCUGCGCCGCGGUGCUGCUCACCAACAAGCCCCAGUAUGCCAGCCGCGCCAAGUAUGAGCUGCUGCACACCGUGCGUGUGCACCAUGGUGCCAGCGAUGAGUCUCUCGAGGCUGUUUACCAGAUUGAGGACCCGGACAACCUGAUCGGUGUCCGCCUCAGCAAGGACCUGAUCAACGUCGUGUCCAAGACCCUGCGCUCCAACCUGACCACUCUGGGUCCGCUGAUUCUGCCGAUCUCCGAGCAGCUGAAGUUCUUCAUCAACCUGGUUCAGACCAAGUACCUGGGCUUCAAGAACAUUCCCCGCUACACGCCGGACUUCCGCAAGGCCGUCCAGCACUUCUGCAUCCACGCCGGCGGCCGCGCUGUCAUCGAUGGCCUCGAGCAGAACCUCCAGCUCACCCCGGAUGAUGUGCUGCCCUCUCGCGCCACCCUCAAUCGCGUGGGUAACACCUCCUCCUCGUCCAUCUGGUAUGAGCUCUCCUUCAUCGAGUAUUCCGCCCGCAUCAAGAAGGGCGAUCGCAUCUGGCAGAUUGCCUUCGGCUCCGGCAUGAAGUGCAACAGUGCCAUCUGGAAGGCCCUGCGCCCGAUCCACGACCGCUCCCGCGACGGCUUCUGGGCCCUGACCGGCGGCGAUGGCCUGGCCGAUGAUGCCCUCGAGGCUCUGGCCCGUGUUCACAAGCACCUGGCCAAGAUCGACUCCCGCAAGAAGCCGGCCGGCAAGGCCGUCAACUAAGGAAAAGUGACAUUUGGCGGACAGCGAGGAAGAUGCUUCUCCCUGCCCCCUUCCUCCUCCCCUUCUCUCCCUCUCUCUUUCUUCCUGUGACAUUCCCCUUGUGCUUUUCCUCUUCGUCUCUCUCUCUCUCCCUCUCUCUCCUCCCUUCCCUCCCCCCUGUGUUACCUCCCUCUGGUGCACAUGUUUCGCGCAUGCAUGCAUGCGUGUACGCCCGCCCUCUCUCUCCUUCCUCCAGAAGGGACGGAACUGUGUGUGCACCUGUGGUGGCCCUCAGAUCUCUUUCCCCUCCCCCCCCCCUUCCCUUGCGCGCCCAUGCACGCACUUCACAUCCUUAUUCGGCCUGCGCCCCGCCCGUCGUGUCCUGCACACUUGCGCCUCCUUUUUUCCCCACAUACCCAGUACCUUGCCCUUCUCUCCACCUUGGGGGUCCCCCAUGGUGGGCGAGGGGUGUAAACUGGGGCCCGGGCGAGAAGCAGUGCGUCCGUGGGAUUGGCGCACAGUGCGCAUGCCAGUAGUGUGGCCCCUCCCCCCCUGUUGUUGCUGCACUCUCUGUGUUCCGUGACCGGCUCAUAGAUCCUCCCCCUCCCAGAGAGCAGCUCCCUGUAAAGUAGGCUCCUGCCGUCUCCCUCUCUUCCCUGAUAUACUCCUCCCUUCCUCUGCCUCUUCGCGUGAGCUUCUUCACUUGUUUGAUUUCCUCAGUGCGCGCCGAGCUGGCGUGGCGGCCGGCCCCGCGACACGUCCCUCCUCCCCCCCCUCAUUGAAGAAUAUAC